AUGAGCACGCCUAAUGACAAUUACGCCAUUCAUAAAGUUUCUCUCAAACGUACACGGCAGGCGUGUGGACCAUGCCGUCGCAAAAAGGCUCGUUGCCCCGGUGAGAAGCCUGCAUGCUCAACAUGUCAGCGAUUGGGACAGCGUUGCUCCUACGGGACACAGAUGGCUACUCGCAGUCAAAAUCAAAGAUCCGCCAAUCAUGGUGAUGGGUAUAGCUCUGAAGGCUCAGAUCAACCCAAGGCUUCCGGUGCACGUCUUCAAAGCAUAGAGCAACGGCUUGAAGAGAUAUCAUCUCUCAUUAAAGAGCGACUACCCGAGAGGAGCUCCCAGGUUGAAGGGUUGGAUGGGAACCUGCCGACCCAUGAAUACAAUGCUCAGGGUGAUUUAGCCCCGACCCCAGAACAGGUCCACCGGGACUUUGCGUCGAACUCUCCAUUAUCAAUACCUCUCAUUGAGUCUGAGGUGCAGGUGUAUCUGAACGACUUUCAUGAUCAGCCCUAUUGCGUAUUCGACAGGCAGUGGCUUCUGGAAAACAAAAUUGCCCUCCCACAAGAAGUCUUAUUUCCAUUGGUAGCUCUAACGCGACGUCUUUCGGCCAACUCGCCAGGUCUACUUGAUGGGUCAGCGGGAAAUCUAUGCGCGGAGCGAGCGUGGCAGAUGCUGUCGAUAAAGUACCGAGAUGGCAAGACGGAUCUUUCCUUCCUGCAAGGCACAUUCCUCGUUGCUCAACUUGACUUUGCUGAUGGCAAUGCUCACAGAGGGUGUCUAUCUGUCGGUAUUGGUGUGCGGAUUAUCCAGUCACAUGGGCUCAAUCAGGGUAGGAAACUUUCCUCACUAGGAGAUUCUGAAGCAGAGGCCUGGCGACGUAUCACUUGGGCAUUCUUCAUUCUCGAUCGCACCUACAACGCGUCCCGAAAUUACUCCAUCUGUCUCUCGGACAAUCACUUCACGCUUUCUUUCCCUCUGUCAUCAACCGAUAACAAUGCCCCUCGUGCAUCUCUACAUGACAAAUCUUCGAAUCAUGAACAGAAGGGCGAUCAGGAUAUCUUAGCUUCUCUUUUGCGACUCUACUCACUAUGGGGUAAAGUGACAGAAUGGGUCUUCGAGCCUCAGGUGCCAAGCACCCUACCACCCUGGCAAAGCGGAUCAGCACUCUCAAUUCUUGAGUCAGAAUGGAUGCAAUUCGAGACACAGUUCGCAGAUAUUCAUCGAUAUUUGAAUGUCGACUUCAAACGACGCGCGCGUGAACAACCCGAUUCUCAUCCAUAUUUAUCGACCUGGCUAUGUGUCCAAUUCCUCUUCCACUCAAUACAGUGUCUACUACACCAUCCUUUCGUGACCAUGGUCAAGCUCCGUCAUAUGAAAGGCAACUUAUCGGCCGCAUUUCUCCAGAAAUCGUUCGAAACCUCGUUGCUUCAUUCACGGUGGAUAGCACGGUUUAUCAAUGAAAUGAGUGAAGUCGGUUUGCGUCUUUGUGAUCCAUUCUUCGGAUAUCUCGCUGCUAUUGCAGCUACCAUUCAACUUGAGCAUACGGGUAACAAGAACCCAAAAAUCGCUCUCUUGGUUAAUAAUGAAUAUCGGGUUCUGGUUGGAUUUAUCACUGAACUGUCUUCUCAGUGGGGGAAUAUGAAGGUCUUGGCUGGCCGAUUGAAUGAAUUGUCCUCGCGACGUCAAAAUUAUGGCUCGUUGUUCUAUAAUCAGGAUGGGUUUUCAGGCGCACUGUCUAGCAUGGCAACGCCGUCUAAUCUUCCGAGGAUGUCGGCUCAGGAUGAGGCUCUCAUGUGGAGUAUCCUUGACCUGACUUCGUUUAACCCUGAAGAGAGCAUCAGGAGAUCACCGUCUACAGCAGAUCUCCGAGCAGAAACUCAAGAUUUGAAGGCGCCGAGUCUGCAAGAAUCGGUUACUGUUGGAAUCAGGCCAGAUUUAGUUGAGGCAGCUACGCCAGAGUGGCCCUUUGAACAACGAGGUACCGGAUUUGGAUCCGGCGUGCCUGAUAUACCAGACUGGAUGAUUUUUGGGGACUUCAUGUCAGAGCAUCUUUGA